GUUUUUGUCGGUUGUAAGGUCAACUUCCGGGUCCGUGUAUGUGGUGGCGUUGUUAGUUGUUACACAAGUCCCACUUUUUUAAUUGUUUGUUAAAAUAGACGACUUACGACCACCAUUACUUAACAGAAAUGGAUAUACUAAAGGCUGAGAUCGCAAGGAAAAGAAAACUCAUCGAAGACAAAAGCCUCAUCGACGACAACAAGAAAUUCUUCAAAAGGUCCGAUCUUGCACGCAUGGAACAAGAAGAUUACUUCAUAAGAUGCGGAUAUAAGAAUGAUAACAAAGAAGAAGAUGAGCCGUCCACCUCAGCGAAACCAGUGUUAACACUGGAGCUAACAGAAGAGAAACUGCCAAUGUCACUGUCACGACAGGAAGUAAUUCGACGACUUAGAGAGCGAGGGGAACCAAUCCGAAUGUUUGCAGAGUCUGACUACGACGCCUUCCAGAGACUCAGGAAGAUAGAGAUUCAGACUCCUGAAGUGAACAAGGGCUUGAGGAACGACCUGAAAGCAGCCAUGGACAAGAUUGACGCGCAGUACCUGAACGAGAUCGUUGGAGGAACCGAGCCGGGAGAAGUGGACACACAGCACGACCUGAAAGUGCACGAAGAAAACACAACUAUAGAGGAAUUGGAGGUAACUCUUGGUAGAACUCUGGGAAAAGGCGAUGAUAAUGGAGACCAGGAUGUUAUCGACAAGUUCUUGAGGUUUCUUCUCGGUGUUUGGGCCAAAGAUCUGAACAGGCGAGAGGACCAUGUGAAGAGAAGUGUUCAGGGAAAGCUGGCCAGUGCCACUCACUCGCAGACCGAGUCUUACCUCAAACCUCUCUUCAGGAAGCUCAGGAAGAAGAAUUUACCAGCUGACAUCAAAGAAUCAAUUACCGACAUCAUUAAAUUCAUGUUGGAGAGAGAAUAUGUCAAGGCAAAUGAUGCCUACCUGCAGAUGGCCAUCGGUAACGCUCCCUGGCCCAUUGGUGUGACCAUGGUGGGUAUCCACGCUCGUACUGGGCGAGAGAAGAUCUUCUCCAAGCAUGUGGCCCACGUCCUCAACGAUGAGACGCAGAGAAAAUACAUCCAGGGGCUGAAGAGGCUGAUGACCAUCUGCCAGAAACACUUCACGACUGUUCCUUCAAAGUGUGUGGAGUACAAUGCUCUUUAACUUGUCACUUCAGCUUAAUGUAGGCCCAGGCUGUCCGGUCAGUUAAAUCACAAUAGAAAAUGAGAAUUGUUCACAACAAUGAUGGGUUCUGGUAUGACUAAAGUGUGGUUGUGGCAAACAUCGAAAUCUUUGACAUUAAGGGCCCUAGAGUAAAGCUAACUUCUGGAUAGAAUUAUCCCAGAUUUAUGUGGAGUACCAUCGAUAACCCUUGAGUCUGAUUAGACUUGUGAACUUCUGGGAAAACUGAUGUAGUCUCAGUCCUACUUGAGACCCUUUCUUUUUAUGGAUGCUUUCAGUCCAACCCAUUGUUGCAGGAAAUGUUAAAAUGGUAAAAAGGUUCAAUUGUAUUUACAAAUUUUCUUUUAAUAUUGGUUUCUUAAGUUUUUCAAAGAUUGUAUUUCCUGAUAGUGUCAUUAGCCAAGUAAGAUCCAGUGUAUGUAAGUUUUAUUACGCCUGUGAUUCUUGAUUUUUUUUGACAAACUUAAAUGAAUGCAGAUUCACUUAUAUGUGCAUGCUUGAGUUUUCAGCUAAUAAUACAUCCAAUUCAGUGUGUCUCUGUACUAUCUUAGUGAGAAAAUAAAGUGUUAUGCUUUA